CGACAACCAGAGCGUGAUUCUGUACAACAACAUGUCGUCAGAUGAGCAGAGGCAGAUUGGUGUGGUGGUUCAUAAGCAAAGCCUCGUGAUCCUCAGUGCAUCUGUAAACCAUCAGGGGAAUUACACGUGUUCUGUCGGCAGAUUUACAGACUCAGCAUGCCAACUGAAUACAUCCUGCUCCUGCUCAUCUUCCCCAGCCUGUCAGUGGGAUGCUGCGGGAGUCAACAGGGAGAAAGAGCUCAUCAGCCUGAUACUACACAUCUACGCUACAGAGCUGUGGAGGGGGAGACCUUUACGAUGCCCUGCAUUGAAUCUUUAAACCAAAAAUAUGUAGAAUAUUUGGAGACCAGAUGGGUCAGGACAGGAGAAGGUGGAGAAGAAAAAAAAGAUCCACCGUACCCCUGUGGGAACACAACCUUAGCUGAAGCAAAACUCUCUGCAAACUACACAACCCUCACAGGUGGCAGCAAACGGAUCUUGCAUUUACAGGUGGUGAAGAAACCCAAGUCGAGUUGCUUCCAGCCUGAAGAGAAAAUAGCAGUGGUGCGUCUGACUGCUAGAGGGGAGAUCACCUGUCCAAGCUUCACCUGCAGCAACAGCACAGAUGUCAUUUGGUAUAAGGACUACAUACCUCAUUCCUGUGAAAAGGAGGGAGUGUUAUAUCUCUGCCCAGCCAGAGAAGAUCACGAAGGUUUAUAUUUCUGUGAUAGAAGAAUAAGGGAGGGGAACGUCACGUGGACGAUCAGGAGGCCUGUUUACGUUAAAGUUGGACCACGACGUCCGCCAACUGACCCACCGACGAUUUUGUAUCCUGUUGACAACAGCAUGGAGGAAGUGGAGCUUGGUCUCCCUUACAAUCUGACCUGUGAGGUAUCCUUUCCUCUUGAAACUGAGUUUUCAUCAAAGGUAUUGUGGUACGUGAAUUACAAUGGCAACAAGGAGAAUAUGACCCUGCUGCCCUUGGAAAAGGCUAUUAUAGACAAAGGCGAGAUACAUGAUGACAUCAAGAUCACACAGAUUUCCAUCAUAAAAGAGGUGACGCCACAGCACUUGAACCACAUGUAUACCUGCAGCACGGCCAAUACUGUUGGAAACAGCAGCGUCACAAUCAAGCUAAAAAGGAGAAUUAAAGUCAAAUGGCCUUGCCUGGUUGCGUAUCCCAUUGUGUCCUUCCUGAUGUUAGCUAUGCUGGGAGGAAUCUUGCAUUUGAAAAGACUGGAACUGCAGCUUAUCUACAGAUCCUACUUUCAAUAUGGAAAACAUGAUACAGAUGAGAAACAGUUUGAUGUGUUUCUCUCGUACGUGCGGAGUCCUCCGCUAGUAGACGUGUCAGAAGGUUUCGGUCUUUCCUCCAAAUCAGGAUCUUCCAGUGAUGAGGAAGACUCACUCAGCACAGAUGAUGGUGAAUCCACUGAGGGGCUGCUGGAAGUGCUGCUGCCCCAGGUGCUGGAGGACCAGUGGGGGUAUCGCCUCCAUCUGCUGGACAGAGAUCCGCUUCCUGGAGGAGCAUAUACAAACGAUGUGGUCCUUGCGAUAGCGAGAAGCCGAAUGCUCAUCUGUGUCCUGUCAGCGGACUACCUCACCAACAGCAACGCUGUGUUUGAGCUGGAAUCAGGAGUCCAGGCUUUGCUGCAAAAAUCUGCCCCCAAACUCCUGCUAAUAUGGACGAGUGGAGCAUCAGGAUCACUCAACCAGGUAGACCCUCCGCUGCCCAUACUGGUCCAAAAGGCCCUGAGGGUGUUGCCCAGUCUGACAUGGAGCUCCAGCAAACCGGCCAGAGCCAAAAGCAAAUUCUGGAGAUCCUUGAGGAAGGCUCUGCCACACUCAGGCAGUGAGGCUGGCUUCAGUCACGCAGCAUCAAUGAUUAAAUUGUGUUAGCAGGAACAUUUUCUAAUACAGUGCACAGCUUUUUAAAAACUUUAGACAGAAAUACAAUUGGUGGUACUACAUUCUUUACUGAAAACAGUUCCAGGCCAGUGCGAAACCAGAACAAGCAAAUGUAUGAAGGAAAUUUCCAUGAUGGAAAUGGAAGCAUGUCAUGUUCAAACGUAGGAGAAAGUGUCACCAUCAGCUCAGGGUCCAGUGAUGGUGUGAUUUCCCACCUGUUCCAAAAAUAAACUGUCAUGUAAGCAGUGGAAAAUCAGUAUUCCCUUUCAACUCUACAGAUUAAAGCAUUAAAUAAAAAGAAAUAUACUAGUACACUUAAAAAAAACAAUAGGUGCUAUAAACAAUGUUAACAUUUAAAUGGUUUCUUAUGGCUUUUUUUUUUUUACUGUCAACAUGUCAAUAACAAAAACAUAACAUGAAACAUAUCUAAUCUUUUUGACUGGCCUUUAAAUAUGUAUUUGUGUGAUGAAAACAAAUGGCAGCAGUGGGUGUAAUUAAUUUGGGGGUGUUUGCAAAACAGCAAGGUAAGCCACGGAGGAACUCAGUUUAUAUUUCUGAUCAAACGGGGAUUUCCAAAAUGAGUUUCAGGCACAGAGUAAAGUGUGACAUUUAUCCAAAAGGAAAGGGUUAUAGCAGUAGCUGUGGUCUUAAAGUGGAGAUGACAAACCAACCUUGUAAAUAUGCCUAAUCACUACUGACAUAUAUUUCAGAAAUUAUUUAAGGACUGUUUACCAGAACCCUGAUGUCCAUGUUAGGGCUGUAUUAUUCUGGUUUUCAGGUGUGAACAGAAAUACAGAUACAAACACAUCUCUAUUGCAAGAUUGCCAGAUUCAGCGACACAGAAAGAAAUAAUGUUGAGUAGGCAAAAAAAAAAUACUAGCACAAAGCUUAAACAAAUAAUAUAAUACAUGACAAAAAAAGACUUCUGAGGUGGCACAGCUGGCACAAACAAAGGGCUGGACAUAGAUUUUUAAAAACUAAACAAGUCAUUUACACGUCUAUUGGCUCUGCAACACAUAACACUCACACUCAAUUUGUGGGUUUAAAAACAAAAACACUGUCACAGGUCCGUGUACAUUUUUACACAAAUAGACAAGCAACACAUUUUCUCAGCAACACACCUAACCAGCUUCGGAUGGGAACAAAUACGUCACACAGGGGGGGCACGAGGGCUGCACUAGAUUCUCUCAUUCGCCAGCAGAAAGCAGCUGUUGCAAAUUCUAAACAGUUUAAACAACAUUCUCACUUAUCAGUUUGUCCCAUCCCUCCAUCACCCAUCCACGACAGUCUCCUCUCAGGGUCAGCCAGUAGUGGUUAGAAAGGUAAAUGUGGGUUCGGUUUCAAUCAUAGAAAGGCUUAAAGUAUUCUUCAUGACAUGUCCGCAAAGCUCAAGAGUUGUAAAAACCAAGGCUACAGUGAGGAAUUAUUUAAGCCUUUAAAGAUAUAUGACAUGGUUAAUCUAUACAAAAUUAUUCAUUAGUGACAAAAUCUGUGGCAGUCAUUUACAAUUUGUCUGCUUGAGCCUUCAGCUUCCUCUCCCAAAGUUUUUGAUGAUCCGAGAAGCCCUGCUUGCCCUUGUUGAAGGAAUUAGGUCCUGCAGACGUUGGCGUCUCCCUGAAUAAACAGCAAGAUUAGCUACAUAAGAAAGCAUCAAAAAUAUUCAAAAGUUGACUGUUUUCAGAAAAGCAGACCCUAAGGAAACAGUUAUUAGGUGCCUCAUACCUGCCAAUGUUCUUCAUCCUCAUCUUAGCUUCUGGAGGCAUCUCCUCCGGUUCGCUCUACACGGAAUGAGAAAGUUAGCCUUUGCAUAUCUGUCGUUUCUGCAUUUGUACACCAGUGACAUUGCUGUGUGCACAUGCACUUACAUCAUCAUCUUCAUUAAAAACAGAUGCCAGCCCUGGCUUUUUUGGAGGAACUGCUGGUGCAGGCUCUUUAAGCUUCUAGAAUAGGUUAUAGACACAAGAUUUAGCAAAAUAAAAUUUAAAAAAACAAAAAACAUACCCUAGCAGCACUAUGUCUGUCCACUGUUUUCAUAAAAUAAAAAGACCUACAAUCAAUCCAACUGUAACUGAUGAUUAUCAAUUGUUUCAAUACCAUUCACAAUGAUGCAUGUGAUUAUAACGCCUUAAGACUUUGGCCUGCAUCCUUUUUUUGGGAUCUCUCAGCAUUGUGCUAUGAAUGUGUUAUGCUCUUUUACACUUCCAUGCUGUCAUGCAACUUUUAAUUACAUUUAGUGUUCGACAGAUUUUAAAAUUAGAAGUGCUUUUAAUUUUAUUGUACAGCAAGUUUUUGUCAGAGUAUAUACUAACCUUUAAUGUUAAUGUUACAAACCUGUCUGUCCUGUCUUUGUUAUUUAUGUUGUUGUGUGUAAGCUGGUGAUGAAUAAAGUGUCUAUCCAUCUA